AUGACAACCUCAGCGCACAGGACGUGGUUCAUCACGGGCUGCACGAGCGGUUUCGGCGAGGCCCUCGUGCGGAAGCUGCUGGCGGAGGGGGAUAAUGUCAUUGCCACGGGGCGUGGCGGGGCGGAGGCCAGGCUUGCGCACCUGCGAGACUCGACGACAGCGGCGCGGUUUCGGAUCAUGGAGCUUGACGUCGGAGCAGCGUCUGAGGCGGAGGUACGGACCCAGGUGGCUGAGGCGUGGGGGUACUUUGAGGGCGGGGUUGAUGUUGUUGUGAAUAAUGCUGGGUAUAUCGUAUCUGGACUUGUCGAGGAGUUGACACAAGAGGAGAUGGAAGCGAGCUUCAAGACGAACUUUCACGGUCCGCUGAACAUUACGCGCGCGUUUCUGCCGAUGAUGAGGGAGAGGGGGACGGGGACGCUGGUGUAUAUCAGUUCGCAGGCGGCGUGGCAUGUUGAAGUCGGUGCUGGGGCGUAUAGCGCGGGUAAAUUCGCGCUCGAGGGCGCCGUCGAGACACUCUCCAAAGAACUAUCCGUCCUCGCUCCAAACAUAAAGGUCAUCAUCAUCGAGCCGGGCUUCUUCCGCACCAAAGUCUUUAACAAGAUAUUCAAUGUUCCAGCCCGUAUUCCCGAGUUUGCAGAGUUCAACGCUGCGAUCAGGGCGGGCGCCGAGGCGCUUCCGGGGACGGAGCUGGGGGACCCUGAGAAGGCUGUAGCGAGGACCGCGGAGCUGGUUCGGGGCGACGGGAUGGCGAAGGACGGGGGCGGAGACGGGGACGGUGGUGGUGGUAGGGAGGUGCCGUUAAGGGUCGCACUGGGGAGCGAUGGGUGGGAGAGGAUUCGGGCUAAAUGUGUGGGUGUUUUGGAGGGGUUGAGGGCUUGGGAGGAUGUUGCGAGGAGUACGGAUCUGUGA